AUGCAGCGUAUGUACAUACCGUCUGACCAAGUCUUCAAAGACGAACUGCAAAACAGCACUUAUCCGAAUAUUGAAUCAGGCAGUCUACUUGAAAAGCAUGUGAAUAAUGAGCUUGAGCGAACUAACAACCCAAAGAAACUAUACAAAUUCCAGAGACCAAGAGAGUUUUCGUUCAAAGGAAGGGCUGUUACAGCUGACUUAGCGGUAAAGCGCAUCCGUUACAAUGGUUUACCCAACAGUUACACACAUCGUGAGGAAACUGAGUAUAACGAUCGUGAUGUUGAACUGAUGAGAAUGAUUCAGCGAGCCAGUAAGAAACCAAGGGCUGAUAACCAGUUGGAUAAAGCUGUAGCACCGAACGAUAAUGUGCUUAAAUCCAAGCUUCUCACAGAUAAGGAUGCGAUUGCAUUUUUCUCUAUCCAUGGAGACAAAAGCGCGCUGAAGUAUGUGAUCCUAAACCCACCUCCUCAAUCACUUGAAUUUCGCCCAUAUGACCUUGUUGUUUCGGAUAAGGGUGAAGAAAAGGGUGAGCAUUACAUCAUGAGUGCCACAGGUGUAGUGCAUGUGCGCCCGAACUGCCCAUCUGAAGUGAUAUCAUUAGGUGAUUGGGUGGAGGAAAAGUCCCUCUUUAACGUUUUACGAAGGAUUCCAUUCUUCAAAAACUUUUUGUUAUACAAAGCUUUCUUUCGUCUGUACAAAAAGUUGAGGGAGAAGAAGUUUGCCGCCAAGAGAAAGAUGCUCUCCAAUGACUUCCUACUUAUCAAGUCGACGUUUUUGGCGACCCAGCAGGAUAUUUGUAAAACAUGCAAUGAGUUAUCAAAUGUAGCGUUGAUCGCGUACGAACCGCAAGGAAAGCACGACUUUUUUGUAGAAGACUUCCGAACGCAGCAGCAAAGACAGAGGCAUAAAGCAAACGCAGAAAUCAACGCUACCUUGGAACGUGUGGAAGACAAGGUGACAAAGUUGAUCAAUUGCUUGCAGAGCCGAGCAGAUGUUCCAGAUAUGACCACUCGAGCUGCUAUUGAGCAGUAUCUUAUGUCGACUGAUCUAUCUUCCGGAGAACUCAAAAAGGCGAAACUGCUCAAAUCUAUGAUUGAAAGUAAGGCCGAACAAUUAAGAAAACUGCUUGAACUCAAGCGAAGUCUCGUUGAGUACAGCCAAAUUGACAUCUUUGUGAGGUUGGUAGACUUCAUGAUGUCUGAAAAUUUGUUCAAAAACGCAUUAUCUACCUCGCAGACAUUCUUUAAUACUCUCCGAAAUCAAACCGGUGAAAGCAUCCGAAAGGUUGGUUUCCAAGUCUUGCUUAACCCGAAACUUACCAAUAUGGAUUUUGAUCCCUCCGCCACAGUAGUAAAAAACUUGUGCGUUGAAAUGCUAAACGGAUAUUCCGAUGUUGUUUCUUCAGUUACUCGUCUAAGCGAGCAGCGGUACUUCAAAGCUUUUUUCAAGAAAAACCCUCGCUUAUGGAAUAUUGGCCUGAAGAUUAAGAACGAUGCUCGCUUUAAUUUCCUUCAACAAAGCACAAUACGAAUCAUAAGCAACGAUUACGAACUGGCAUACGUGCGAAUGGGUACCUACAAUGCAGUACUGCCUCAUAUUCACUUUCUUCAGAAAGAAUGGGUCCAAAUUGAAAAAGAGCAGUUAUUGGAGACUAAAGAAACGUCACAUUCUUCAACAAGCCUUGCCAAACUCUAUCGACGUCUGCAACAAGCGCAGGAUUCAUUACGAGUACUCAUGUCAACAUUCGUUGGGAACACUUUGUGGAUUAAUGCGACAAAGCUUAAGUCGGAAAUCGAGCCUCGAGUCCUAAUAUUGAGAGAGGAGGUUGACAUGACUUUACGUUCUGUAACUUGCGAUAUCAUUCUCAAGCUUCAUUCGAACUUCAAACAGAAGAUUCAACUCCUAAAUGAACGCCCCAAAAACCUCAGUGAUUUUGCUGAUUAUGUGGAGGAAUACAAAAAGGUCAAAGCCGAAAUGCCUGCAAUUGAAAACACCAUUUCUCAAGCGGAAUCACUCUGUGAGAUCAUGGAUCGUUAUCAAGUAGAAUUUGCGGAAGAUGAAGACAAGCAGCUCAAGGAAAGAACACUUGGCAAUUCCUCUAUGGUGGCUUCCCUCCAUGCUAUUUUUGAUGAUGUGUGCCUGAAAGCUGAGGAAUUCAUUGAGGAAAACAUGCCGAUUCACAUCGAAACGUUGGAGUCUCAGGUUGCAAAUCUAGAAGAAGAGUGCGCAGGAAUUCGUCAUAUUCUUUCUGGGAAGGAAUUCGUUACUUUGGUUGACAUCAUUGAAACUGUUAUGGAAUAUUUAGACAGUAUCAUGGCGAACCUGGAUGAUAUUGCAACAACACGAGCCUGUCUUUCUCGAUAUGCAAAGCUUUUCGAUUAUACUUCGCUCAGCUGGGCUGUUUUGGAAGAAACAGUUUCCCUUGCUAAGUCCCGCAAAGAAACUUGGACAUUGCUCGAUGAAUUCAGCAAGAAAGUACAGUUUUGGUUUGAAUGUCCACUGAAUGAACUCAAUACUGAAGAUAUGGAAGAAGAAGUGAUCUCAAUGCUAAGACGCUCCGAUGCGGCUAAUCGUACCAUAAAAGCAAAGGACUAUGAGGACGAAAUCGUACCGCAUUUGCUUCAUGAGCUGCAUGCAAUUCGCCAGAAUAUGUCGACGAUUCAUGAUUGCGGAAAUAAGCACAUGUCAUCUGAACACUGGAAUAAAGUUUUGAAAGAGAUAGUUGGGCCAAUGUUCACUUACCAUAGAGGACUCAACCUCCACUUCCUAAAGGAUCAUGGUAUUUUUGAGAGCAAAGAAACACUUUCAGAGCAAUCUGGUCUUGCUACGGCUCAGUGGAAGGUUAACAACGAUCUUGAUGUUAUCAGGGAAAUAUGGGAUGCAAUUGUAAUUAAUGUAAAGCCGUACAAAAAUCGCGAAGGAGUGUUUAUUCUUGCAGAGUUGGAUGACAUAAUUCAGCAGCUCGAUGAUCAUCAAGUUGAACUACAGACCAUAAUGGCCUCUCGUUUUGCAGCUUCAAUCCGUGGUAGAGUAGAAACGUGGAUUGAUAACCUGCGCCUUGUUGCUACUGUCCUUGAUGAGUGGAUAACACUCCAGAAAAGCUGGAUGUAUUUGGAGUUUAUAUUUUCUUCAGAUGAUAUCAAAGACCAACUUCCCGAGGAAAGCAAGUCCUUCGAUAAAGUGGACCGAUUUUUUUGUUCCUUAACCUCGAAGGCGUAUGUGACUCGAAAUGUCUAUCGGAUAUGCACAGAGGACGGCCUACUGGAUGAUAUCAAACACAAUAAUGAACUCAUUGAUCAUAUUCAGAAGCGAUUAGAGGAUUAUUUGGAGACUAAACGUAUUGCCUUCCCACGCUUUUACUUUCUAUCAAACGACGAAUUGCUUUCGAUUUUGUCCGAUACGCGAAACCCAAAAGCUGUUCAACCUCACUUACCCAAGUGCUUUGACUCAAUUGCGUCGCUUAUCUUUGAAGGUGUGGAAUACAGUAGUAUUCUGGGAAUGGUGUCAGGUGAGGGAGAAAAUGUCAUGUUUACACGACCGAUUCAUCCCGUUGGUAGUGUUGAGCGAUGGCUAAAUGAGGUGGAGUGCAUAAUGAAAAUUUCCAUUCACAUGCAUAUGCAAAAAACCUUGGAAGCAUAUUAUCGCAGUAGUCGUAAGGCAUGGUUUUUCAACUACCCUGCUCAGUGCAUCCAGGCGGUGGAUAUGAUCGUUUGGACAGGCGAAGUGGAAGAAGCAAUUGCCACUGGGACCCUAAGCACAUAUCACACACAUUACCAAGAUCAAAUUCUUUGCAUGGUCCAGCUCGUUAAGGAGCCUCUGAGCAAACUAGAGCGCUCACUGCUCUGCACUCUUAUCGUAUUGGACGUCCAUAACCGCGAUAUCGUGCAAAUGCUGCAUAAUCGCCACGUGCAGGAGGUUAAAGACUUCAAUUGGUACCAGCAACUGCGCUACUACUGGGAAAAGGACCCUGGUAUGCCAAACGGUAUGAACAUCGGAAUUUCACACUGCAAUGCUCACCUGUGGUAUGGUUACGAGUACCUGGGCAACCAGGCACGUCUUGUGAUUACCCCUCUCACCGAUCGCGCCUUCUUAACAUGCACCAACGCGCUAUCCAUGAACCUCGGCGCGGCCCCGCAGGGUCCUGCCGGAACUGGGAAAACGGAGUCCGUGAAGGAUCUUGGAAAGGCACUGGCUCGCCAGGUGGUGGUGUUCAACUGCUCAGAGGGAAUAAACUACAAGACGAUGUCUCGCAUGUUCGCCGGCCUUGCUCAGGCUGGUGCGUGGGCUUGCUUCGAUGAGUUCAACCGCAUUGAACUGGAGGUCUUAUCUGUUGUUGCGCAACAAAUGCUUGAAAUAACGACCGCACUUAACCAAAAAUUAGAAAGGAUGAAUUUCGAAGGUCAUCCAAUUCAACUGAACAAAAACUUUGGUGUUUUCGUUACCAUGAACCCCGACUACGCUGGUCGAAAUACUCUUCCCGAUAACUUGAAGGCGCUAUUCCGUCCAAUAUGUAUGAUGAUUCCAGACUAUGCACUCAUCGCUGAAAUCAUGUUUUACUCUGAGGGCUUUGCCGAUGCCCGAGCGUUAGCCAAGAAAAUGGUGCAGCUUUACAAACUCAGCUCAGAGCAACUGUCCAAGCAAGAUCACUACGACUUUGGUAUGCGAGCGGUGAAAUCGAUUCUCGUCAUGGCAGGCACCCUCAAGAGGAACGAAGCCGAUGUAAACGAAGAUAUGCUGCUGAUUCGAGCCAUACGCGACGCAAAUGUGCCCAAAUUCCUGCGAGAUGACAACAUCCUCUUUCUGGCCCUUGUAAAGGAUUUAUUCCCUUCCAUUAAGAUUGAAGAAAGCCAUAACGAACUGUUGUUGGAUUAUGUGAAGCGAUUGAUGGAAAGGGAUGGACUCCAAAUUGUUGACGGUAUGAUUACAAAGACGAUUCAGCUUUAUAACACCUUGGAGGUGCGCCACGGCUUGAUGAUGGUGGGGCAAACCCUGAGUGGGAAAUCGACCGUAAUUCAUACGCUUCAACACGCGCUCACCAGCAUUAAGACGGACGGCCACAACGAAGAUGAGCGAUAUCCUUUUUAUAAUCGAGUUCAUGUGCAUUUGUUGAACCCCAAAUCCAUAACGAUGGGUGAGCUCUACGGUCAUGUUAACGAAAUCACACGUGAGUGGACGGAUGGUGUUCUCAGUGGUAUCGCACGCAACAUCACCCGCGCGGCACUUGACAAACCUGAUCGACAUUGGGUGAUAUUCGACGGCCCUGUCGAUGCCUUGUGGAUUGAAAACAUGAACACCGUAUUGGAUGAUAAUAAGCUCUUGUGUUUGUUCAACGGUGAGCGCAUUAAACUUCCCAACACAGCGACGUUCAUGUUCGAGGUGCAGGAUCUGAAAGUCGCCUCCCCUGCAACCGUUUCGCGUUGCGGUAUGGUGUACAUGGAGCCGUACUACUUGGAUGGUCACCGGGGCUGGGUUCCGAUCGCGAAAUCUCUCAUUAAUCGAAAAGCAAAGACAAACGAAAAGAUGCAAAGUGAACGGCUGAUGAGCCUCUUAGAGCAACUCGUUCCGGAUACCUUGGACUUCGUUCGGCAGAAUUGCAACGAGUGGAUCUCGUCGGUGGAUGUCCAACUCGUGAUCAACUGUAUUGAGCUCUUAUUUGCGUUCAUUAAAGCACAGAAGCAGAGCAGCCUUUGGCCUGUUGGAGUUACCCGCCCAAUUGAAGCAGCAAACAACGAGGCUGAAAACAAUGACGAUAUUAGCGCGCCUAAUUACGUAUCCACUUCCCCGCUCAGCACGCCCGACUCACGCCGCAAAAAAAGCAGCUGCCCUCCCCCAGACGAGUUUCGAUGCCCGCCAAUCAAUCACCCUACCGUCUCGGUACCGGAUGAAGAAAGAUUAUUUGAUAUGUACUUUGUGAUGGCGUUUAUAUGGUCAUUCGGCGGGAAUAUACGCGAUGACGCCCGCGCCGCUUUCAGCAAUUUCUUCAAGGCAAAGGUAUCUAAACUGAUGCCUGGGUUAUUGCCCAGCAGCACGGAAGAAAAUCUCAGCAUGUACAGCCUUGUCGUGCACCUCCCUUCCCAGCAGUUCACCACCUGGAAUCAUCUCGUUCCGGAUUUUAUCUUCCAGCCAGACGUGCCGUACUUUGAUCACGUUGUACCCACUGCCGAUUCCAUCGCGCUCAAAACGAUUCUCCAUAUCUUAACCAAUGCCUCGCGAAGCGUUCUCAUUAACGGGGUUACCGGAACCGGCAAAUCCCUCACGGCGCUUAGCUUUCUGCAGGAUACCCUUCGCUGCGAUGAACCGGGCGCGUCGUGGGAGUACUUCAGUACCGUCCUCUCCUCCCAAACCCGCAGCAAAGACCUCGAGGCUCGUCUCCUUUCCAAGCUGAUAAAGGUGCGAAGCAACGUGAUAGGGGCCUCAUCAGGGAAGACGGCCGUCUUUUUCGUGGAUGAUCUGAACAUGCCGGCGUUGGAGCGGUACGGCGCUUCGCCGCCGCUGGAGUUGCUACGCCAGGUGAUCACGCAGGGCGGGUUCUUUGAUACGCAUAAGGCACCCGCGACGUUUAAACACGUGCGGGAUUUGGUCCUUUUAGCGGCCUGCGGCGUCCCUGGGGGCGGGCGAAACGAGAUGACCGCACGCCUCACCUCGCGCUUUCAUCUGUUAUGUCAGCCCGCGAUGUCGACGCGGACGACCACCCGCAUUUUCGGCUCCAUCCUGCACGGGUAUUUAUACCAGUGGAAGAUACCGGAGGUUUUGGGGCUGUCGAUGAAGCUGGUGGAGGCGACGCGGCUGUGCUACGAGCGCAUCACGCAGGAAAAGCUCCCCACCCCAACCCGCUCUCAUUACACCUUCAAUUUGCGUGAUUUCAGUCGGGUGAUUCAGGGCAUGAUGCAGGCCUCGCCGCGGAGCGCGCCCGGAAAGGAGGAUCUUUGCCGUCUGUUUGUGCACGAAGUCUCUCGGACGUUUCAUGAUCGUCUCGCCGACGAAGGGGAUCGCCAGUGGUGGUGGAGUACUCUUAAAGGGGUACUGGAGAAGACGCUAAACUUCCCCUGGAGCGAGGAGUUCCCGAACCUCCUCUUUGGAGACUACAUGCAGCGAAACCGCCUUCACUACGAGGAGAUCCGUGAUCAGAGCCAGAUCCCUGAGAUGCUCUGCGAGUAUCUGAGCAGCUACAACAUGACCUACAACAAAGAAAUGGAUCUGGUGUUCUUCCAGGAUGCCAUUAAGCACGUUUCGCGGAUAUGCCGUGCACUUCGGCAGCCGCGUGGGCAUGCUUUGCUCGCCGGGAUGGGAGGAACGGGGCGGCGAUCGCUCUGCUGCCUCGCCGCCUCCAUCUGCGAUCUUCCCAUUCACGAACUUGUUAUCACUCGAUCGUUCGGCCUCGCAGAGUUUCACGAGACGCUCAAAAAGGUGCUUUUGGAGAGUGGCGGACGCAACAAACCGGUGGUUUUCUUCAUGUCAGACGCCCAAGUCGUCUGUGAGGAGAUGCUAGAAGAUAUUAACAACCUCCUCAACACCGGUGAGGUGCCCGAUCUCAUGCAGCCCGAGGACGUGGAUGCGGUGAUUGAACUCGUUCGCCCGCUUGCGAUCGCGGCGGGGAAAAAAGAAACCCGCAACGCGAUCUUCUCGCACUUCGUCUCGAUGUGUCGGGAUCAGAUGCGCAUCGUGCUCGCGAUGUCGCCUGUUGGGGAAAAAUUCCGCAGCCGCCUUCGUCUCUUUCCCUCGCUGGUGAACUGCUGUUUCAUCGAUUGGUUUGAUCAGUGGCCGUCCGACGCGCUCGAUGCCGUCGCCACGCGCGUGUUGGCGCCUGUUCCCAUGGACGAGACCGUCAAGCGAUCCUUAAUCCAACUCUGCGUGCACAUCCACCUCGAUGUGCAGCGGAACUCCGUCGAGUUCUUUGACGAGCUCCGCCGACAUAACUACACCACCCCAACCUCCUAUUUGGAGCUGCUGAAGUGCUACCGGGAGUUUUUGGAAGAACAGGAGAGGAGCGUGCGGGAGCAGAUCGACCGUUACCAAGGCGGGGUGAACACCCUGCGCGAGACCGAGCGGGUCGUGGACGACAUGAAAGGGCAGCUCGUGGAGAUGCAGCCGAGGCUAAUUGAGGCCGCGCGUGAUACCCAAAUCCUCAUGGAGAAGAUCGAAAAAGAAAAAGAGGAGGCCGAGGUCGUCCGCAAGGAGUGCGCGCAAGACGAGCACAAGGCGAGUGAGAUCCAGGCCGAGGCGGAUGGCAUCCGCGCCGAAUGCCAGGCGGAGCUGAACAAGGCGCUUCCGAUUUUGAAGGCUGCCGAGGACGCCUUGGCGGAGCUGCGGCCGGAUGAUAUUCGCGAGGUUCGCAGCUUCCAAAAACCCGCCGCCCGCGUGGUGUUGGUGCUCGAGGCGGUGCUCACCCUUCUUGGGGAGAAGGACGUGAGCUGGGAGCGGGCGAAGCUCGUGAUGAGUCGGAUGGAGUUCAUCAAAGACCUGCAGAACUACCAGCGUGACGAGCUCACCGAGAAGACGAUUCGUUCGAUUCAAAAGUUCGUCAACAACCCGGACUUUCAGCCGGAUGAGGUCGCGAAGAGCUCCAAGGCCUGCCGCUCGCUUUCGUUGUGGGUGCUGGCAAUCAACAACUACUACGGGGUGGUCAAGGUGGUCGCGCCGAAGCGGCAGCGCCUCGCCGAGGCGGAGGCGAAAGUCGAGGUCGCCAACGAAUCCCUCCAACGCGCGCGCGGGCGGCUACAGCACAUCGAGGACGCCCUCGCGCAGCUGCAGGCCGAUAUGCGCGAGAACACUCGACGAAAGGAGAAGCUCGAGGAGGAUAUCGACCUCAUCACGGUCCGGCUUGGACGGGCCGCGCAGCUGAUGACGGGGCUGUCCGCCGAGCAAGGGCGGUGGUCGGAGACGAUCCUCGCGUUGGAGGAGGAGCGCGCCGGCCACGUCGGGCGGAUCGCCCUCGCCGCGAGUUUCGUCGCCUACCUCGCGCCGUUCACGCAGCCGUAUCGGGCGCGGAUGCUGCGGGCGUGGGUGGACGCCUGCCGCGCCCUCCACGUGCCGAUCGGGAAGGGCGAUACGUUUGACGUCGCGAAGAUCGUCGAUCCGGUGCGGAUUCGCGCGUGGGGGCAACAAGGCCUCCCGCAGGACGCGUUUAGCAUCGAAAAUGGGGUGGUGGUAACGAAAUCGCGGCGGUGGUGCCUGUGCAUCGAUCCCCAGGCGCAGGCCGCGGGGUGGAUUCGCGCGCUCGAGAAGGAGAACGAGCUGUGCGUGAUCAAACUUACCGAUGCGAAUUACAUGCGAAUCCUGGAGGCCGCCAUCCGGCGUGGGUUACCCGUGCUGAUCGAAAAUGUCGAGGAGUCUCUUGACGCGACGUUGGAUCCGAUCUUACUCCGACAAACCUACCACUCGCAAGGUCGUUUGCUGAUUAAGGUGGGGGAUAGUGAGAUCAGUUACGAUCCGAACUUCCGCCUGUAUAUCACCACGAAGCUCCCCAACCCGCACUACUCGCCGGAGCUGCAGAUUAAGGUGACGAUCGUCAACUUCACCGUUACCCAGACGGGGCUGGAGAAUCAGCUGCUCGCGGAUGUCGUCCGCUUUGAGUGCGCGGAGCUCGAGCAGCGCGCGGAUACCACGAUUUUAGAGAUCUCCGAGGGCAAGAGCAAGCUGAAGGAGGUCGAGGAUAACAUCCUGAAGCUGCUCUCCUCGAGCACGGGGAAUAUUUUGGAUAACGAAUCCCUCGUGGCCGCCCUGCAAGACGCGAAAUGCACAAGUGAGUCGGUCUCCGCCUCGCUGAGCGUCUCCGAGGAGACGCAGCGGGAUAUUCAGUGCGCGCGAGAUCGCUACCGCCCUGUUGCCGCGCGCGGAUCCGUGAUCUACUCCGUCAUCUCCGAACUCGCCGGGCUGGAUAGCAUGUAUCAAAACUCCCUUGGUUUCUUUAAAAAGCUCUUUUUAAAGACGCUGAAUCAAACCCCACGGCGGGAAAGCGUGGAAGAACGGGUGGCUCUCCUGCUCCCCGCGAUCACGCUCGCGACCUACCGUACGAUUUGCCGAGGGCUCUUUGAGAAGGAUAAGCUGAUCUUCGCCUUUCUCCUCUACUCUCAUAUCGCGCGGCACGCGAAGGUGAUGCGGGAGGAGGAGUGGUUUUUCGCCCUCAAAGGCAGUGAGGGGCAGGAUUAUUUGAGCGAUCCCGCGAGGGGGGCGUUGCCCGCGCCGGAGUGGCUGCCCGCCUCGCAGUGGAAUGAGGUGGUGGCGCUCGCAACGCGAAUCGGGCGGUUCGCCGCCCUCCUCGACGACGUGCACGCGAACUCAGCGGAGUGGCGCGCGUGGUACGCGGAUGAUAAGGCGUACGAGCGAUUCCCCACCUUUGUUACCUCGCGCGAGGUGGCAGACGAGGGAAAAGACGAAGAGGAAGAAAAAGAGGAAAAAGAGGAGAAGAAAGAGAAGGUUAUGGAGGAUACGGCGCCCGCCUUGCCCCCUCGCUUCUCAAGCUGGGAAAAGCUCCUCCUUCUCAAGUCCUUCCGCGAGGAUUUGUUCAACCACGGCCUCACCUUGCUGAUCACGGAGCAGCUCGGGAAGGAGUUUUUGGAGUCCACGGCGUUUGAUCUCGAGGGCUGCUUCCGGGAUAGCUCGCCGUCGGCGCCGAUUAUCUUUGUUUUGAUCUCCGGAACGGAUCCGACCUCGCUGUUCACCGAGUUCGCCGAUCGGAUGGGCUUCCAAUCCCGCCACUACAUGCUCUCGCUCGGGCAAGACCAGGGCGAUAAGGCGGAGAAGAUGAUUCGCGACGCGUGGCUUGAAGGGGCGUGGGUGUACUUGCAAAACUGCCACCUCUACGCGUCGUGGAUCCCCACGCUGGAGCGGUUGAUGGAAGGGAUGGUGGAGAGCACGGUGCACCCGAGCUUUCGGCUUUGGCUGACGACGAUGCCGACCCCUGCCUUCCCCGUUCUGCUGCUGCAAUCGGGGGUGAAGGUGGUGAAGGAACCGCCGAAAGGGCUGCGCGCGAAUAUCCGCGAUACCUUCACCCAGAUUAUCACCCCGAAUCUGUGGGAAAACGGCUGUGUGCAGAACCCGACCGUGUGGCGUCGGUUGCUCUUUUCCCUUGCGUAUUUUCACGCGGUGAUUCAGGAACGGCGUCGAUUCGGCCCGUUGGGGUGGAAUAUUCCUUACGAGUGGAAUCAAUCCGACCUCUCCGCGAGCAUGCACACCCUCUCCACCUAUAUCGGCAGCGAGGGCAGCCCAUUGCCGUGGAAUGCGAUUUACUACAUGAUCGGCGUGAUCAACUACGGCGGGCGCGUAACGGAUUUUCUGGACAACCGGUGUUUGGAAACAAUCAUCGGAUCCUUUUUAAACCCCGAUGUGGUGUGCGAAGGGCAAUAUAACUUCACGGCGGAUGGGGUCUACGGCAUUCCCGCCGAUACGACCUCACUCCGCGCGAUGCAGGAGUACCUCGGUGGGUUGCCGAACUUCGAAAGCCCGGAGCUCUUCGGCCUCCACCUCAACGCGGAUACCACCCUCAACCGCAGCACCGUGCGGAAGGAGCUCGCCGCGGUGCUUUCCGUGCAGCCGCGGACGAAAUCCUCCACGGCGGCGGCGGCCUCCUCUUUACCGAGUUCACCCUCCUUCGCGGCGGGAGGGGGGGGCUCUCCCGAGGCGCGGACGCUCGCGCUCGUGAUGGAGCUCAAACGGCGGCUCCCCGCGCCGAUCGAAAAGGCGCGCGCGCACCCCUCCACCUACCGCGUGGCGGAGGGCGGCACCAUCACCUCCCUCGGCACCGUCGUCAGCCAGGAGGUGGAUGUGUUCAACAGCCUCGUCAAGAUGCUCGAGCGCUCCCUCACGGAGCUCCAACGCGGGAUUAAAGGGGAGGUGGUGAUGUCGUCGGAGCUCGACGAGAUGCUUGAUGCGAUCCUCCUCGGCAGCGUCCCGCGAACGUGGCUGGAGCAGGGGUAUCUUUCCCGAAAACCGCUCGCGUCGUGGUUUACGGAUACGCUGCAGCGGGUGGAGUUCUUCCGCGAGUGGAAUGAUCACGGGUUGCCGAAAAGUUUCUGGAUUUCGGGGUUUUACUUCCCGCAGGGGCUUCUGACGGCCUUCUUACAGACCUACAGCCGUCCGCGCAGCAUCCCGAUCGACGAAGUCGUCUUCGAAACGCGCGUCACGCGGUACGCGCGGGUGGGGGACAUCGACACGGAUAGCAGCGAUGGGUUUUACAUCCACGGGCUCUUUCUCGAGGGCGCCCGCUACGACGUCGGGAUGGAGUGCCUCGCGGAAAGUCGAAAAGGUGAGCUUUUCACGGAACUGCCGGUCAUCCAUCUGAUGCCGGUUCGCCAUUCCUUGCAACUCCCCCCGGAAAAGCGAACGGAAGGGGGGGCGACGUACGCCUGCCCGGUAUACAAAACGGCCGCCCGCGUGGGAAUGCUUUCCACCACAGGGUUGUCGACGAAUUACGUGAUUUCGCUCGAUAUUCGCGCGGGAAAUGAGUGCGACGACGUGUUUAAUACCACGCCGGAGCAUUGGAUUCAACGCGGCGUCGCGAUUCUAUGCAUGCUCGAUGACUAG